UGCUCAGCCGGGUGAGAUUUAUAACACAUGCAACCCAGGUCCGGCCGGAGGAACCAUCAAAACCGACCACGUUGUGCGAUCGCAGCUUGCCGGACCUUUUAUUUGGUUCUUCAAAAUGCAGGGGACCGAUUUCCGAGUCCGUGGGGGCGAUUUUGAUAAUUUGCUCCCAAUAACUGUAAGACUAGAGAAAGGGAAGGAGGUGCGUGCGAGAGAGGGCGUCGUCUCGGGGGGUUGGGCUUAGAUCGUCGGAUCCUGCUUCCUCCUCCCCUUAUUCGUGAACCCUGCUGAGCCAAUUUCCACCAAUUUGUUAACUGGUCUCUUCGUCAGGUCAUCUCCCCAGAAAUGGGACACAUUCAGAAUCUUCUUUCUUUGCGGAAGGCUCCUUUAGUUCAGUGUUGCAGCCAUAAAUGGGAAUUGGGCCUUCGACUACUGAGCACUCAAGCUGCAGCAGGCACUCCACCACCCUCUCCACCCCCUCCACCUGAGAGGACCCAUUUUGGGGGUCUUAAGGAUGAAGAUCGCAUUUUCACAAACCUCUAUGGUCUUCAUGAUCCUUUUCUGAAAGGUGCCAUGAAAAGAGGUGACUGGUACAGAACUAAGGAUCUGGUUCAGAAGGGUUCUGACUGGAUUGUCAAUGAAAUAAAGAAGUCAGGUCUUCGUGGUCGUGGAGGUGCGGGCUUUCCUUCUGGCCUGAAGUGGUCAUUUAUGCCAAAGGCAUCUGAUGGACGCCCUUCAUAUCUUGUUGUAAAUGCUGAUGAGAGUGAACCUGGUACAUGUAAGGACAGAGAGAUUAUCCGACAUGAUCCACACAAACUACUUGAAGGAUGCCUGAUUGCUGGUGUAGGAAUGCGGGCAAGGGCAGCUUAUAUCUACAUCAGGGGUGAAUAUGUGAAUGAGAGGUUGAACCUUAUAAAGGCAAGAAAAGAGGCAUAUGAGGCUGGUCUCUUGGGCAAAAAUGCAUGUGGGUCAGGUUACGAUUUUGAUGUGCACAUCCACUUUGGAGCUGGUGCAUACAUUUGUGGGGAAGAGACUGCUCUAUUGGAAAGUUUAGAAGGGAAGCAGGGGAAACCUAGACUCAAACCUCCCUUCCCUGCUAAUGCUGGUCUAUAUGGUUGUCCUACUACAGUCACCAAUGUGGAAACAGUAGCUGUUUCUCCAACAGUUCUGCGAAGGGGUCCAGAAUGGUUUGCUAGUUUUGGACGAAAGAACAAUGCUGGCACAAAACUGUUUUGUGUCUCUGGCCAUGUUAACAAGCCAUGCACCGUGGAAGAGGAGAUGAGCAUAUCCCUGAAGGAGUUGAUUGAACGGCACUGCGGAGGAGUAAGAGGUGGAUGGGACAAUUUACUGGCCAUUAUUCCUGGAGGUUCAUCAGUCCCUCUCUUGCCUAAACAUAUCUGUGAUGAUGUACUGAUGGACUAUGAUGCACUUAAGGCAGUCCAGUCUGGCUUGGGGACUGCUGCAGUGAUUGUGAUGGAUAAAUCCACUGAUGUUGUGGAUGCAAUUGCAAGGUUAUCUUACUUCUACAAGCAUGAAAGUUGUGGUCAAUGCACACCAUGCCGAGAGGGAACAGGAUGGUUGUGGAUGAUUAUGGAAAGGUUGAAAGUUGGGAAUGCAAAGAUUGAGGAGAUAGAUAUGUUGCAGGAGGUGACAAAACAAAUUGAGGGUCAUACCAUCUGUGCAUUGGGUGAUGCUGCUGCAUGGCCUGUGCAGGGCCUUAUUCGUCAUUUCAGACCAGAACUGGAGAGGAGGAUCCGGGAGCGAGCAGAGAAGGAACUAAUGGAGGCGGCUGCUGCGUGAGUUGAAUAAACCAGGUUGCUUUGUAAGCCGUCCUUAUCAUCUGUUACUCUUUCCUGCUGUUAUCAUUUGGUAGGGUACCUAAAGGGAUUUAUGUGGAAUAAAAUGGACAUAUCUUUUAUUGCUUCCCAGUGCCCAUUUAUGGCACAGUUGGGGUUCUGUUCUUAUUUUGCUUUUUUUGUUUUUGCUUUUUUUAAUUACAAUUGCUGUCACAAUUGACCUAAUGCUUGAGGUAAGAUGGACUCUUGUCUUAUUUUGGUUUUCAUCCAGUGAAAGUCCAAUUUUAACUUCUAUUAUA